UCCAAUUAGAUUAUACUCGGCGUUCUGUAGUUGUGUUCAUCACAUGUUGUCAACAUUCCAAUAAUGACCAUGCUCUGCUUUGGCUGGUCUGUCUUGUGUACCGGGGUUCUGGUGAGUCUUGUGGUGGACCGUGGGGAGGCAUACACCAAUGGAAUAGGGUGUCUGAACCCCGAAAACAAGCCGGUGGACUGGUUUCUGGUGUACAAAACUCCCCAGGAUUCUCAGGAUAAAAAUGAGUUUAUUGCAAAGGGCGUGGGGUUUUAUUACAUGGACUCCCGUCAACAAGCGCUGACCCUGUCACCCACCCCCAUCAACGGGAAAGACCACGCCCUGUACAACACACUACAACAGAUAUAUCUCAAUUAUUUUGUUGUCGAGUAUGGCAUGUACAACGAUGAACCGCCAGAUAUAUUCAACAAAGAUUGGAACGGAAACGUUACCUCCGGUAUUUCUAAAGGGGUGUACGCCUUUGACAAACUGACCGGGUUCUGGUUGAUAACCAGCAUCCCGAAGUUUCCCCCACCCAAGAGCAAGGGCUACGCCUUUAACAUGGCGGCCGUGCAGGACGGUCACAUGGCGCUCUGCCUGACCUUGAACUCCGACCGCGUGAUUGACCUACAUAAGAUUUUCCAAAUCACUCAGCCACACCUCUAUGAUGGUAAAGGAAAUAAUGAACAACUAGCGAGACAGCCACUCUCGAAUACUACUUUGGAAAUCAACAUGUAUACACACCACAACGUAGAACUGAAGUGUUUGGCAAAAGGAACGUCAUAUGGAAAGGAUCUGUACACAUCCAUGGUUGCCCCGAGUCUACGGAUGGGUCUCCUUGUCCAGACCUACCGAUCAGAGGGCGGGUCCCCCUCCCAGUGCUCCCCGUAUCAGGUACUCAACAUCUCCAAGGUCAAAUUCCCCGACAUUGCCGUAUACCCCUCGCUGACCAGGGACCGCGCUAAGUGGGCGGUAACCAAGAAGUUGGGCAGGUGGAUCUGUGUAGGAGACCACGACAGGAGCACGAGCACCCUUUCUAGAGGUGGGGGAGUCCUCUGUAUGGUCAACUACACGGCGUGGAAAGCGCUCCAUAAUAUUACACAAUCUGCUGACAAGUGCUGACUUGGCAUGCCAAAAAACAUAUGAAUGUUUAUCAAAAUAUUUUACUGUGGAAAUUAGCAAUAAAAUUACUCUAAUACUUAUUUGAGUAUCAACA